AUGCCUGAAAUCAAUGACCUUCCCAACGAGUUGAUAGUGGAGACCUUCUCCUACCUCGAGCUCAGCGACUUGAUAAGAUGCAUGCGCGUCAAUAAAUGCUUCAAGGCUAUCAUCGAGCACUCUGCCUUCGACAAGAUCUUCUUCCGCACUAAGGCCAUCAAGUUUGGAGACCCAAUCAAUCUCGACAACCUUCAGCUCAACCCCGCCUUCGAUCCCCUGCACUACACAAGUCGUUCUAAGAUCGACAACACUCUGUUCCUCUUCUCCUACAAGGAAUCCGAAGGCAAGGACGGCAUUCGCGAGCUGCCUCUGACUGAAUCGUCAGCCGCCAAACAGAAUGCUACAGAACCCGCUGUCACUCGCAUUUAUCUCAGACCCUAUGGAGACCCAGAAAUAGAAGUUGAAGUUGAGUCUGACCAGGGAGUGACUGUUCAGGAUGUCAUGCAAGGGCUUUGCGACUACUACGAGCCAGGUAUUCCCUACGAUAGAUGCCACUACUUCUUUGAGGGCUUCUACAAGAACGAGGAAUCAACUGAGAACGAACUCAUCCUCGAGGCUCACUGGGGUUCGUAG